UUUCUGUACCUGGCUACCUUGAGUAUUUUAUGUAUCUGAUGUAUUUGUCAUCACCACUAGACUAGUCAUCUACUGUCUCAUCGUCACAAUCAUACUACACUAGUCACUGGCAUCCCACUUGUCAUCAGUGUGAUGUCAUCUGUCUGUUGACAUCUUGUGUCACAAACACCAGACACCUGACUGUCACAGUGUGCAAGACCCGAGGCCAAAGUUAGCUUGAAGGUGACACCGGACUUGUAACCGACUUAUUAUGUCAUGUCACACGCCGACUGUGCCAAUAUCUACAGAGCCUCUAUUUACAUGCCACAGAUGCUGCAAAUGGCGGCUUGCAUACGGGUCUGCCACUGAUGGACCAAUGGGGUGAUGGACACGUUGACACAUUCCAUGUCUAGUAGCAACUAAAUUUAUGACAGCAGUAAAAACAACAAACAACGGAUAACGGAUAUAAAUACUGAAGCCUACAGACCCCGGACUGCAGUUUCCAGUGAGACAGACACCUGACAAAGCUGCCGUUACCAUGGAAGGAAUAAAAAGUUUGGUCCUGACCGCUGUAGUCUUGCUGGUCAUCAGUACAGAUCCCACAACAUCUGAAGAGCAAAGUGCGGAUGAAAUUGUCAAGAAAAUAGAAAAUGACUUCUGGCGAUGGCGCCUGCAGGACGCCCCGGAGUUCGCCAGUCAAGUGGGGGACACCUCCUACAACGACAUCCUCGAGUCCUUCAACGUUUCUGUCUACCAGACUCGCAAGGACAAGGUCAGUGAGUUCAUGGACAGACUUGGAGAAGUGAACAGCAGUUCUCUGAGCACAGGUGGCGCUGUGGACUUUGUCCUCCUCAGUCGACAUCUCCAGACGUUUCUCGAUGGCGCCGCCUUUGACAUGUAUCAGGCUGUUAACCCCGUCAACUUCAUGGAAGGUGUCACCGCAGACCCCGGAGGCUUUCAACUGUACCUGACCUUCUCCACCAUUGACGACUUCCACAACUACACCCAGAGGCUGAGCCUCCUACCCAAGCAGAUUGAUGAAAAAAUUGAGUUGAUGAGAAUCUCAAUAAAACUGAGGCACACACUGCACAAUGUGUCUGUGGAGGGUGUCUUGCCACAGAUCGACCAAAUUCUGUCAGUGGACGACACGCAGUCGCCGUUCUAUGUUCCUGCCUUCACGACGAAGCUGAACGAGUCCGAUGUCUCAGACGAUAUCAAGGAGACAGUGAGGACCAGGGCUCUCGCAGCUCUUGGCCAUGUCAAGGAGGCUCUGAGACGACUGAAGACGUUUCUGGAAGACGAGUACAUGCCCAACACGCGCACCACGUGGGGGGUAGGGGGACUGGCCAACGGCACGGCGCUGUACGAGCAGUGUCUGCGCUACCACACCAGCACCGACAUGACCCCACAACAGGUUCACGACCUCGGCCUCAGCGAGAUGGCGCGCAUCCAGACCAACAUGCAGGCCGCUCUCGACAGACUCGGUGUCAAUGGAACCCUCCAGGAGUUUUACAAGAGCGUUCGCCGAGAUCCUCACUUCUACAAGAACACUUCGGAGGAGCUCUUACAAAUGUUUGAGGACUACAUCGCUGAAGCCAGCUCUAAACUGUCUUCUCUCUUCAAAAACAUUCCAGACUAUCCUCUGAGAGUUCUCCCUCUUCCCUACGAUGGACCAAAUCUUUAUCAAAGUGGAUCUCAAGAUGGCACAGUGCCGGGUACAUUUUAUGCAAAUGUCAUGAAUCCUGCCAGCAGUCCUACCAUCAGCAUGAUGUCCCUCACUCUUCACGAAACGCUACCAGGACACCACUUGCAGACUAUCUACUCGUUCACCGCCAAUCUCCCUCCCUACCGAGCUUUCACUGACAACAGCAACUACUACAGGAUGCCGGCCACCUUCCCCAUCAACACGGCCUACAUCGAGGGCUGGGGGCUGUACGCGGAGUUCCUUGGCGAGGAGAUGGGCGUGUACACUGACGACUACAUGCUGAUGGGGCGCUACUCCGAUGAAAUAUUCCGUGCUGUGCGGCUUGUGGUGGACACAGGGCUUCACUACUUCGGUUGGGAGCGCCAGCGGGCCAUUGAGUUCAUGCUCAACAACACGGCCAAGUCUCGCCAGACGGCAGAGAUGGAGAUCAACCGUUACCUGACGUGGCCGGGCCAGGCCACCGCCUACAAGAUCGGUGAGAUCAAGCUGAGAGACCUCAGGAACAAAGCCACUGCCGCCCUAGGUGACCACUUUGACAUUCGCGAUUUCCAUUCACUGAUUUUGGAGAAUGGCAAGAUGCCGCUGGACCUUCUGGAGCAGCUUGUGGAUGAAUGGAUCGCCUCUCACCCAACUUCCGGUGGAACUUGGCUGUCUGGAGCGUGGUGGAGCAAACCUCUGUUGUGGUCGACUUUAGUUUGUUGGAGUGUAAAGGAACUGAGUGGACAGUUCUUCUGAAAAGUCUAGUAAAAUCCUCAAACAUGUUGAUGUUCGUUAUCACUUCGUUUGCCAAUCUAUUUAGUUAGCUUUUUUUGAAAAGAUAAAUGUAAACGGAUAAUUUUUUCACAAAGCUUCUCCCCCAGAAAAACAACAAAUUUCAUAAAAACUUGGAUUUGUACAAAAAGUAGUGGGCAAUACAGACGAUGUUACUUUAUGAGAGGUGUUACUUGCAUCCCUGUGCAUUAAACACGACAUACUUAUAUAACCAUAUGUAUAGUCAGAAGAAGAAAUUAGUUAACAUGCUAGAGGAUUUGUACGUGUUUGUGUGUCUGUACAGUCACAAUGUCGGCGGUUGUAGCUGUGAAGGAAAACUGCAAUUUUUAGGAGUCAAUAAAAACUCAGUGUAAGAUGCUAUUUCCGAAACUCUGGGUGAAUAUGUCACUGCUGUCCACAUCACCGUCAACAACAUCAUUAUGUACAGAAAGAUCUUGGAGUUGUGAGGUCGUGUCUGUACAUAAAUACCCUUAAUUACAAUAUGAUCUCAACUCUCCAACUGGCUGAGGUCUUGUCGUCAAGGCUCCAUUACAGUCUUGACCUCUGUGUUCCGUGACAACUGACAUGUUUGUAGACAUGCAUCUCGAGAACGGAGGAUGUACAUUCUUUAGGUUCUGAAAAUAACCCCAUACACUGGCAGUCAUUAGAUAAAAAGCUUGCACCCCAGCAGAUCUUUAAGUUCACCCACAUCAGAUUUAUCCCAGGCAGCGACUGUGUCACGUGACUACAUCACACACCGAUGCGACUGUUGGCCGACAGGUGGGCGAUGAGGACGACAGCUGCUGGUAUUGCAUCACCAUUACUGUUACUUGCACGGUUAUCUUUCCAGUAACUUUAUGGCUCUGCCAUUGUAAUAAUAAUUUCUAUUUACUUAUAAAUAUUUUAUUUUGUAAGCCAUUUGUCUCAUGUAACAGAGAAAUAAAAAUAAUGCAUGCAUUCGUGGGUACGUGUGUGCGUGU